AUGGCUGUGCAGAGACAUUCAAAUUAUCUGGACCAGCAAACCGACAACGAAAAGCUGCUCCUGCGUCAUGACCAACAUAACUUAGGCUCCUUCGAGAUACAACGAGAUGGACAGCCUAGGCGCUUGGAUGAAGGACAUUACUCUCGGGAGAAAGGAGGCACCGUGGCCCUAUCACAACAUGGGACAGAUCUAUUCCGUCAACACGAGAAAGAACCGAAUUAUGAUCCCUCCACGAGCGGGAACAUUCAGACUAAAGCACAGACUCCACAAGGGACCAAUUCUCCUGUUGUAUAUGGUCAAGGGUUGAGAUUCGAUUCCCAUGUGAGCACGAAUACUGCAGCCGCGACACCUUCUUCACCUAGGCCCGAUCGACUCGGUGAGCAGCGGCCUAUUAGAGACAGCAUUGACAGCCAGUCUAGCCUCCUGUCCAUCAUCGUCUGCUAUGAAGGCAUUGAUGAGCCGGAUAACCUGAACCGUCUCUCUUUAGAUGGCCAUCCUCCAACUACCUCAAAAGCCGAAGAACUUACUUCAGUAAAUUACAGUUUUACAUUGUGGGCUCCAAGCAUAUUAGAAGUCGAUAAGAUCGAGGACUUCCCAGACACCAUCACAAGUCCAGGAGGAACUAUCUACUAUCAGACCACAGGAGAAGAGCCAGAUCCUGGAUGCUCAGGCCAAGAAGGCUCGCCAAUCGAGACGAGGGAAGCUGGUAGAUUCUCUGAUAAGAGGAUCAGAGUCGCUAAAGAUUGUAGCUAA